AUGGCGUCUGAGACAACGAAUCUACAUGUAUUAUCCAGGUGCCGCCUCCAUUUCACGGUGGCCUUGAUCCUGUCGGCCACGCUUUUGCAGAAAAUCACCAACCCCGGGAAAGGAGCCAUAACUGCUGUAAGACACCUCAUUUCUACUCUGACCGGUGACAUGGCACUAUCUGGGUCGGCGAGACGUCCAUUGAGCUUCGGGUACCCUGCUGCCACGUUGAAUCCUGACAAUAACGGGUGGAUGUUCUUCAUACAACCAAGCUCUCUCCUCGAGAGUCCGUUCUGGCUGUACAUCAACAUCGUGAACAUUUAG